AAAACAAAUUGCACAGUUUAGUUUCGUUAGUCUCCAAAAACAGCAACCGAGUUUUAACACCUCCAGAUAAACUUCUUCAUCUAUUGUGUUAUCUCCAAACCAAAAACCACAAAAAACAAGAACCCAAUUCACCAUCGAAUUUUAUUAAUUUUCAAUUGAUUGAAAAUUGGAUAAAAUUUGCCUCAACACAGACAAAAAAAACCAAUUCUUAAAACAAAAUCCAUACAAAAAGAACAAAACAAAAACGAUUAAACAAAAUGCUGAAGCAAUUGAUUGUAUUGUGUGCGAUUGCCAGCACAGUGUUGUGUCGGAAUACGGCCUCCAAUUUCAAUUCGCUGCACAGCGAUCAACUCAGUGACAAAGACAUCGGUAACAAUGACAAAAAUGACGAAUCAUUUUUGAAUUGGAUGGAUAUCAGUUCGAUUUAUCAUAAAUACAAGAACUACACCAGCAGCGAUAUAUCCGUAUUCCUAAAAUUAAAACUAUUGUCGAGCUUAAAUGCGGUUGCUAAAGGUGAUAUUGAUUUCGGUAAUGGAAUUCGUUUUGUUAAGGAUAACAGUGCAUCGGAAUUAAAUCGAUUCGAUGAAACUGAUGCCGAAUUCAGUGAAAAUACCAUAAUUAAAUCGUUGCCACGUUCCAUCGGCGAAAGCGAAGAUUACUUAUCGUCCAAAAUUUGGAAACGAAUAAACAAACUUCUGCGCAGCCAUACCAUGCAAGUCAAAUUUCCAACUGAAGUCGAAGGACGUGGUAGCGGUGGUAAGAAGAAGGGUGCAUGGAUUAUGAUUCCUCUGUUGUUGGCCGGUACAUUCAUUCCAUUGGCAUAUGGUGCUCUCGCCCUAUUGGCUGGCAAAGCGUUGAUCGUGUCAAAAUUGGCGUUGGUCUUGGCAUCAAUUAUCGGUAUCAAAAAAUUGGUAUCACAAAGUGGCGGUCAUCAUGAAUCAUCGCACGAAGUUGUUGUCGCCGGACAUGGCGGCGGUGCCGGAUGGGGAAAACGUGACUUUGAUCUAGCCUACAAUGCUCAUGCACCAAAGAACUAAAACAAAACUAUUCCAUUUCGAAGAAAAACACAUACACACACAUAGUACAUAGCUAUACCAAAUGAAAAUGACAACAAAAAUUUGUGAAGAUUUAAGUGUUGAUAUAUAUGCUUUGAUCAAUAAUGAACAACAACAAACAUUUGACAAUUCGAUUGCAACAAUUUGUAGCACAUUUUCGUCAUAUUUUAUGAGUUUUGCUAGUGUUCGUUGCUCUUUUUCUCUUUGAGAUAUAAUUCGAUACGUUUUUCAUUUCAUUUAAUUAAAAUUGAUU